GGCCCCCGACGGCGCUCGGGCUUCGGGCCGCCUGAGCCUCGCCUGCCUCCUGCUGCUGCUGCUGCUGCUGCUGCUGCCGGCCCGCGUAGACACGUCCUGGUGGUACAUCGGGGCGCUGGGGGCCCGCGUGAUCUGCGACAAUAUCCCCGGCCUGGUGAGUCGGCAGCGGCAGCUGUGCCAGCGCUACCCAGACAUCAUGCGUUCGGUGGGCGAGGGCGCCCGGGAGUGGAUCCGCGAGUGUCAGCACCAGUUCCGCCACCACCGCUGGAACUGCAGCACGCUGGACCGUGACCACACCGUCUUCGGCCGCGCCAUGCUCAGAAGCAGCCGGGAGGCGGCGUUCGUGUAUGCCAUCUCGUCCGCCGGGGUGGUGCACGCUAUCACUCGCGCCUGCAGCCAGGGCGAGCUGAGUGUGUGCAGCUGUGACCCCGGCACCCGGGGCCGCCACCAUGACGGGCGUGGGGACUUCGACUGGGGCGGCUGCAGUGACAAUAUCCACUAUGGCAUUCAGUUUGCCAAGUCCUUCGUGGAUGCCAAGGAGAAGAAGCUCAAGGAUGCCCGGGCCCUCAUGAACUUGCACAACAACCGCUGUGGCCGCACGGCUGUGCGGCGGUUUCUGAAGCUGGAGUGUAAGUGCCAUGGCGUAAGCGGCUCCUGCACGCUGCGCACCUGCUGGCGCGCGCUGUCAGAUUUCCGCCGCACGGGGGACUACCUGCGGCGGCGCUACGACGGGGCCGUGCAGGUGACGGCCACCCAGGAUGGUGCCAACUUCACGGCAGCGCGCCAGGGCAACCGCCAUGCCACCCGGACUGACCUUGUCUACUUCGACAACUCCCCAGACUACUGCGUCUUGGACAAGGCCGCAGGUUCCCUAGGCACUGCAGGCCGGGUCUGCAGCAAGACGUCUAAAGGGACAGACGGCUGUGAAAUCAUGUGCUGUGGCCGAGGGUAUGACACAACGCGAGUCACCCGUGUCACCCAGUGUGAGUGCAAAUUCCACUGGUGCUGUGCGGUGCGGUGCAAGGAGUGCAGAAAUACUGUGGACGUCCACACGUGCAAGGCCCCCAAGAAGGCGGAGUGGCUGGACCAGACCUGAGCAGCUGGACACCUCAUUCAUCCCUCUACUUCAAACCUCCCGACUCAAAAGCACAAGAUCUUCGCAUGCACACCUUGCUCCACCCUCAGCCUCAGGCUGCUACAGCGUCUACGGAAGGACCAGGAGAGCGAGCCAGAGGGACUGUGGUGUCCUGGCUGGCGGCUCAGCCCUGGGAAGGAGUUGAUAGGGGAUGUAAGAAACAGUGGCUCCCGAACUCCCCCUCUGGAGGUUAGAAGGGAGUGGAAAAGGUGGGGUCUCCAGGGCGAUAUGAGUUGCACUAAAGCACGUGGUCAAGGUCCA